GUUACACUGCGCCUGCGCACAGUCCAGAGCCUCAGACAUGGCGGACAACGUGAGAGAAAUGAGGAGCCGCGUGCUGCUGGGGGAAUACGGGAGCCGAAACGUUCACAGCACAGACUUCCCUGGGAAUUACCCUGGAUAUGAUGACAGCUGGGACCAGGAAAGGUUUGAGAAGGGUUUCCGGAUCGACGUCAUUGGGAUGGAGGGCGACACCCUGGAGUUUGAUAUGGUCGGCAUUGAUGCUGCUAUGGCGAAUGCAUUCAGACGCAUCCUGCUAGCAGAGGUUCCUACCAUGGCCGUGGAGAAGGUCUACGUGUACAAGAACACCUCCAUCAUCCAGGAUGAGAUCCUCGCCCAUCGCCUUGGCCUCAUCCCUAUCCGCGCAGACCCCAGACUCUUCGAAUAUCGAAAUUCAGGGGACACAGAGGGCACGGAGAUUGACACCCUGCAGUUUGAGCUGAGCGUCCGCUGCUCCAGGAACCCCCGCUCCUCCAAGGAUUCUUCGGACCCCAAUGAGCUUUAUCUAGAUCACAAAGUGCACACCAGUCACAUGAAGUGGCUUCCACAAGGCAACCAGGCCGACCUGUUCCCAGAGACGGACCCCCCUCGGCCGGUGCACCCUGACAUUCUGAUAGCACAGCUGCGGCCCGGGCAGGAGAUCUAUGUGGUCAUGCACUGCGUCAAAGGCAUUGGGAAGGAUCACGCCAAGUUCUCUCCAGUGGCCACAGCCAGCUAUCGCCUGCUCCCCGAGAUCACGCUGCUGCGCCCCGUAGAGGGGGAACUAGCCGAACGACUGUGCCGCUGCUUCUCCCCAGGGGUUAUGUCGGUGGACGUGGUCAAAGGGAAGAAGGUGGCGCGGGUGGAGAACGCCCGGAUGGACACGUGCAGCAGAGAGAUUUUCCGCCAUGAUGAUCUGAAGAACUUGGUGAAGAUUGGAAGAGUGCGGGACCACUUCAUAUUUUCCAUAGAGUCGACGGGUAUCCUGGCGCCGGACACGCUGCUGAAGGAGGCCAUUAAAGUCCUGAUGGGAAAAUGUCGCCACUUCCUGGACGAGCUGGAUGCCAAGAACAUGGACUGAGGGGCCCCGCUGGCUCCCACUGUGUCUGCUGGGGGACCUGAAAAAACACAAUAAAAUGGGGAAAAAAAGGUGAAGCCGUGGUGUAUAGAAGAGUGCAGCGCCCCCUGCAGGCUCCGGGGCACCGGCUGUACAGGCCUGGAUAGUCUACUGCGCUUAUGCAAUACCAUGUGCUCCACUCACCUCCAGAGCUGCAGGCGCACCCUUCUAGAUGGCGCUUAAGGGGGUCGUCAAGCUGGUAGUAAAAAACAUAAGGGGGGGGGGGCCCCCCCUUCCUGUCUCAAGGCCGCUCACUCUUUUGACUUUCGUACUGAUGCUAUUAACCCUCUGAAUACCAGACGCCUGCAGUGUUACAGUAUGUUCACAUGAUGGAUUUAAAAAAAAUAUUAC